ACCGGUAUGGGUCAUAGACAAUCGAAUUUUUCUCUGCAUCUUCACAAUUUCUUCUCCGUCGCGACAGUGCGGCAGUCACCACCAGCGAUCUCUAAGCUCUGGGCCACUUUGUGAGUUUGUGCUCGUCCAACACGCAAUGUCAUGGCUGGCUCGAUCCAUCGCCAACACCCUCAAGCUCGAUAGCGAUGACGACGAAGAAGAAAACGACCACCUUUCUGCUUCCAUGCGCGAUCACUCUACUGACACUUCAAACGAAGAAUCGAUUCCAGAGAAUCAACAAUCGGAUGAUCCUUCGUCUCCCGUAUCUCCGUCACGUGGCGUCAGAGAGGAUCUGUCGGAGAUCACCAAAACCCUAAGCCGUCAGUUUUGGGGCGUCGCGUCAUUUCUAGCACCGCCGCCACAAUCAGUGCCAGGCGAGUCACUCAACGAAUACCAAUCGAAUACUCGCGGAGAACAGGAUCCGGAUGAGGAAAGAUCUGAAACUGUGGGGCCGGUUGGAAUUAGGAAUGACUUCGCAGAGCUCGGAGGGAAGUUCCGAAGUGGGAUAUCUAAGCUGUCAAGCAACAUGACUGUAUCAGAGUUCACGAAGAUAGCGUCAAAUAUUCUUCAGCUGGGAUCAGACGAGGAGGAGGAUGGCAGUUUCAGGAAAGGUGCUGUCGGAGUUACUGAGGAGGUGGUGAUAUUUGCAAGGGACAUUGCUAUGCAUCCUGAGACAUGGUUAGACUUUCCUUUACUUGAGAAUGAAGAAGAUGAAGACUUUGACAUGUCCAAUGCUCAACAAGAUCAUGCUCUAGCGGUUGAACAUCUUGCACCAAGAUUAGCUGCUCUGAGGAUUGAACUUUGCCCAGUUCAUAUGAGUGAGACUCACUUUUGGAAGAUAUACUUCAUACUUGUUCAACCUAGAUUGGAUAAAGAUGAUGCUCAACUUCUAUUAACACCCCAAAUUGCAAAAGCUCGGGCCUCUUUGGGUCAGGUGUUACGUAAGCGAACAAAGGAAAGUCAACUAGAUCAAACCAAUGAAAUUUCAAACGAGGAGUUUUUAUAUGUGCCACCGGGCAUUGCUCCUGAAAAAUCAGUCCAAGUGAUAGCUGGUCUGGAAUCAACCUCCUCUUCUGCUGCCUUAUCAAACUCUGAUGCAGAGAAACAUCCUGUGGCUAAAGAUGGCAAUGGAAAUGAAGCUAAAGUCAGAACUCUUCCUUCUACAAACCUUAACAUCGGAAAUGAAGGAGAAGACGACGAUGCUGAUGAUUGGCUAAAGGAAGAGACCUCAGAAAUACAAACCGGUGCUAAAACCACAAUUCAUAUAGAGAACGAGGAUGACGUGUCAUUUAGUGACCUCGAAGAUGAGGAUGAUAAUGACAUGGCCAUUAGCUACAAGAAAGAAAGGAAUGGUUCUCAUAAAGAGUCACCAGACUGGGUUCAAUUGAAGAAGAGUUCUGAUGGUGAUGGUAAUUCUGUCAAUGUUGAGAAGGUAAGUGUGAGAGCUAUUGAAAACAAGGAAUCUAAUGAUUGGCUUGAUGUUGAUGACAUUGAAGUGGCAUGAAACUGAUAUAUAUUGUGCGUGAUUCUUCAUUUUUUUAAUCUCCUUUCAUGUUGUGUGAAUAUACCUUAUCUCGGUUCCCUUUUUUGCAAUCUGCGUCAGUUCCUGGCUUGUUUAAAGAAAUGUUGUAAAUCAUGUGAGAAAUAAGAAAUGUUUAUGCUAUUGCUAAAUGAUAAGGAUGGUACAUGUGGUUGUUAACCGGUUGGUGAAUUCAAAACAACACAGAAGUCCUUUGUUAAUUC